CACACAGGUGGAAAAAUGAUCUUCUUUCUGAAAUGUCAGUUCUCUUUUUGUUUCCUGGUCAGAGAGAGACUUGCUUCGAAGACUAUCACGACAUGCACAAGCUAUGGUGAAAGUGAUAUCUAAUCUAUACCUGGGAUGGAAAACAAACACGAACGCCGUUUUGUAAAUAGUUCAGCUUAUUUAUUUUGUUGUACCUUUUUUUAGUGAAGGACACAGGGUGUAACCGAGUUUGAGUUUGAUAAGACGUUUUAUAUAUAUAUAUAUAUGUAUGUAUGUGUAAUAAAUAUUUAUGAAAUAAAACAUAUGGAAUCAUGUAGUAACCAAAACAGGUGUUAAACAAAUCAAAAUAUAUUUUAUAUUUGAGAAGACCAAGUCCAUAUUACGGCAAGAACAGCUCAAAUAAGCAAAGAGAAACAACAGUCCAUCGUUAUUUUAAGAGAUGAAGGUCAGCCAAUCAGGAACAUUACAAGAACUUUGAACAUUUCUUCAAGUGCAGUCGCAAAAAACAUUGAGCGCUAUGAUGAAACUGGCUCUCAUGAGGACCGCCACAUUUAAAGAAGACCCAGAGGUACCUGUCUCUCAUGAGGACCGCCACAGGAAAGGAAGACCCAGAGGUACCUGUCUCUCAUGAGGACCGCCACAGGAAAGGAAGACCCAGAGGUACCUGUCUCUCAUGAGGACCGCCACAGGAAAGGAAGACCCAGAGGUCCCUGUCUCUCAUGAGGACCGCCACAGGAAAGGAAGACCCAGAGGUCCCUGUCUCCCAUGAGGACCGCUACAGGAAAGGAAGACCCAGAGUUACCUGACUCUCAUGAGGACCGCCACAGGAAAGGAAGACCACGAGUUACCUGUCUCUCGUGAGGACCGCCACAGGAAAGAAAGACCCAGAGUGGUAUUCCAUAUGUGGUAUUUCAUAGUUUUGAUGUCAAUACAUUGGAUAUGAUCGGCUAAACGUUCAGUUGAAUAUCCCCUGUAUGUCCCCCGACACCACUACAAUGUUUGAGAGCUGUUGGUGGUCUACGAGUUUUAGUUUUUAUAGUGAACAAUACUUUUUAGGCACAUCCAGUUGGCAAAAACAGGGACACUUUGAAAUGUCCCGUGACCAAAUCUGACACUUACUUCUAGUUGUAAGGUCUAACAUUUUUAUUUCUCCUCAUUUAUUCCUGAUAUUGUUCACAUGUUGUGGAAGCCAUCUGAUGUGUUUCCAGUUCUGGUCAUCAAUAAUUAACUUAUAACCUGUCAAUGAAAGAUUUCUUUUUUUAAAGUGUUAUUUUGUGUGUGUUUGAUCUUGUGUAUUCUUAACUAUUAAUUAUUAUUAAAUAACAGCCACUUAGAUAUUUUCACAGACCAGAAAUAAAUAAUUUUCAUAAUAAAUAAUCAGAUGCCUGUGGCAAGCUUGAUUUAAAAACAUGUUUUAAACUAUAUUAUGUAUUUGAUCACUAAAAUGUAUAACUUUUACAUUACCAUGUAGUUUACCAAUAAAAUGAUCUGACGGGGAUGUGGACAUACUCGGUAUACAAAUCCCAAAAGAAAGAAAUGAUCUCACUCCAAUACAUUUGAAAAGAAAGUUAGUAAAAAUGGAUAAGCUCUUGCUACCAUGGAAAGGAAACAACCUGUCUAUUUGCGGAAAAAUCACCCUGAUUGACUCUCGUCAUUCCCCAGUUUACCUAUUUUCUUAUUGCCUUCCCUGCACCUAGCGACCUGUUUUUAAAUUAUAUGAGCAAAAAGUAUUCAAUUGUAUGUCACGAUCGUUGUAAAAAUAAGUGGACCACGGCGCAGCGUAAGUAGAGUUCCACAUUUUAUUAAUAGCGAAGCUUCCAAAAACAUCUAUUACGAACGUGCAAAUACGUCGCGCACAUGGCCACUAACACGAAACAAAACAAUAUCCCACAUCGCAGGUGGGAGAAAUGACACACUAAGUAUGAUCCCCAAUUAGAGGCAACGAUGAUCAGCUGCCUCCAGUUGGGAACUAUACACACACGCACCAACAUAGAACUAUAAUAACUAGAAGAGAAAAAAACUAGUCACGCCCUGACCUAUUACACCAUAGAGAACCCCGAGGGCUCUCUAUGGGCAGGGCGUGACAUUUUAUUUGUAAUGGCAAGCCAGACAAAUUUAAAAGGGCCUAUUUAUAUAAUGAAUGUGAAUUCAGAGGGCAGAAAUGAAUACAUAUUAAAGGUGUCUGACAAGUUAUACUUAAAUCUGAACUGGUUCUCUAGCAGAUUAGUAAGAAAGUCUCACCCCAUCUUCAAGAAUUGGCUUUUCCCCUUUUCACAUUACAACCUUUCACUUUCGGUUAUUUGAAAAAUAAAUUAUCUCCAAAAUAUCGCUAUUUUUUUAAAACAAGUCAUAGAAAGUUGGUGUUUAAUCCACCAGAAAAGACAGAACAAAUAAUACAACAAAUAUUGUGGUUAAACUCAAAUAUACUCAUCGAUAAAAAAAUAAAAACAAUAGUUUUGAAAAAAAAGUAAAAAAAAAAAAAAAAAGUAUAAUCUUUGUAAGUGAUAUCAUAACUCCACCAGUCCUAUUUAUGUCACACAUGCAGCUAACACAGACAUAUGGAGAUGUCUGCUCUACCCAAAAUUACAACCAACUAAUUGCAGAUUUACCGUAAAAAUGGAAAGGGCACGUGGAAUGGGGGAAAAGUAAGGACCUUGUCUGUUGGCCCUGCAUUAAAGACCAACAUAUGUUAAAGAAAAUUGUGAUAAAUAAAAAUAUAUACCAGUUUCAUUUAAAGGACCAAAAAAUUGACAGCUGUGACAUAUAAAUUGCAAAAUAGUUGGGAAGAGAUUUUCGAUGAACCGAUUCCAUGGCACAUGGUUUAUGAAUUGACAUGUAAUUUUCAGCUCCUCCUAAUAUUAAAAACAGUCAAGUACAUUCUCGCUGUCGCCCACACGCACUUUAAACAAUUUUUAAUACUUCUGACAGCCAAAUUCUAACUCCAUCCAUAACUUUUGGACUUUUAAACAUUCCCAGAAGGCAUAGCUUGUUAUAACCUACUGCAGGCCUAAUAGACUCUCCAACCUUUACAAAAUGAUAGUCUAAUAGUUCGGCUACUGUAGGUGUGGAAAAGAAAUCCCGCCCAAUUUGCAAUGUAUUAAGUACUCUACAUUUUACACUUUCUAACGACAAAACCUCAUGCAACCGCAAAAUGUCGGAUAACGCAUAUACUGUACAGUAUUUAUUCAUCAACAUCUUUAUGCUUUCCGUUAAUAAUAAUUCAAAAUCCAGAUGUUUUAUUUCAACUAUCAGCAGGACAAUAGACUCUUUCCGAAGUUUAGGGACUUUAAAUAUAUAUUAAUGGAUCCAUAACGAAUUACUGUGGAAAUGAAUAUCCCUGAAUGACAUAGCAUGGAGACUGGUCUUGAUAAAUCAAUCAGAUUUUGGGGGGGGAAAUGUUAGGAUUAUUUUGUUCUUCACUCGUCGUCACUCGUCGUCUACUCCUGACCGGUUACAUUGUACAGAGAAAUAUUCUUCUCUCUAUUUUUUGUUUUUCUUGGAAGAGAAACAUCGUAACAUUAAUCAAAUUUAGCUACAUUUUUUAAAAUCCAUCCCAUAUACUAUUCUUACAAAAAAAAACAUGUUUUCUCCAGUACAGUCAAUAUUUGAUAACAGUCAAAUACUUCUCAAAGAUGCCCUCUGGUGGUCUAACUAGCAUUAAUGGCAGCAAUGGCUGACACUUGCCGUAGAGUUCUGCGACAGCCAGCAAGCUGUGCUGCGGUACGACACAACUUUUAAAGGGAGAUCCACCUUCCACAACCACUGUGUUAGCUAUGGCAGUAACACACUAUUCCAGACGAUGGACGAGGACCUGAAUGCAUCUCUGGCCCAGGCUGAUGAGUUAUCCAGAGAGUUUACGUCUCUGUUGCAGGAGGUCUCCCCCAGCACACAGUCUGUCUCUCAGACUACAUCUGAUGCUGUGAUCCCCAGAGAAAAGCCCCAGCCCUCAACGUCAGAGAGACAGACAGGAGGAGGCUUCAGCUCCCUCCCCUACUCCCCCAUCUCUACCCUCCCCUACUCCCCCAGCUCCAGCUCUCUCCCCUACUCCAGCUCCAGCUCUACCCUCCCCUACUCCCCCAGCUCCAGCUCUCUCCCCUACACCAGCUCUACCCUCCCCUACUCCCCCAUCUCCAGCUCUACCCUCCCCUACUCCCCCAGCUCCAGCUCUCUCCCCUACUCCAGCUCCAGCUCUACCCUCCCCUACUCCCCCAUCUCCAGCUCUACCCUCCCCUACUCCCCCAGCUCCAGCUCUACCCUCCCCUACUCCCCCAGCUCCAGCUCUCUCCCCUACUCCCCCAGCUCCAACCUGGAUUCCAUGUUCUCCAGCAGUAAGGUGAUGCCCUCCUCCUACGGUCAGCUGACCCCUCCCAACCAAUCACCUCGUACCCAGCGUCGUGCGUCUCCUUCUCCGUCUCGCCGAAUGACCUAUGACCGCAGCCCGCGAGGAUCAAUCAGCUAUAUUGAUUCAAACCACUCCCCUCCUUCCCCUGCUCCUGGCUACGAUCAAUCACAUCGGGGGAGGGUACAACCCUCACACUCCAAUCUGCUAUCCCCGUAUGACUCUGCUACGAUGGGUCGGACAUCCCCACGCCUGGGCCGAAGCCACUCCCCUUGCAAGUUCAGCCAACCAGCAGCAUCCAGCACCCUGCCACGGAACUUUGUGUCUUUCAGCCAAUCUGAUGAAGUCAUGCAGAGACAGAAGAACCAGGGUAAAUGGAACGAGACCGAUCUGGACGUGGCAUCUCACAAGAAGAAACCUCACCACUCCUACGACAAGACUGAGUGGCUGAGACCGUUGGUGCCAAACACCAACUGGAGAGAAUCUAACCUGGAUGGCCCUUCCCCUUCUAAGAAGGACACCCUCCCUCGUUCCCACCAGUCCACCCACUCGUCUCUCCCUCGUAACACCCGUAUCACUGUUCCUCCCGACUCGUCCUCCCUCUACCACGCCCCUCCCCAACCAAUCAUAUCCCGUAUCUCCAUCCCCCCCUCCUCCUCCUCCUCCCAGCCCCCCCGUCAGCACAGACCCAUCCCUCUGUCCGUCAUCAUGCGGCUCCAGAACCCCUACUGGGCAUCGUCUGCCCUCCACCCCCGGGCCCUGGGUAACGAGAGGGAUAUGGGUCUGUACCGCCAUGCUGUACCCAGGGAGUAUAGGGAUUACCUGGAGUACAGAGAGUACCAGACCCAGCCACAGACCCAUGAGCUCAGGCAGCCAGCCCUCCACGGGGAAGUGCUGAAACCAGGUGAUGUUGACAUUGAGUUGGAGCGACUGGACCCAAUUCAUCAAAGUCCCAUGGCCCCUGACCCAGCUCUCCCAGAGAAAGGGAGGGAGACAGAGAGAGGAGGAGGAGAACCCCAGGCGGUGGCCCCCAGGCCCCUCAGCCCGUCCAGGCUGCAACCAGUGGUGGCCGCAGAGAGCCCAGAUGUCCCUGACAUGGAAGAGCUGCUUCGGAUCCGCUCUGAGAUCCCACGGGCCCUGAAGAGACGUGGCUCUCUGACCCCUAACUCCAAUCUUGACCCAAACCCUGAACCGGGGUCACAAGCCCCUGUCCAACCCCAGAAGAAGCCAGCCACCCUGCAGCCGGACCACAAUCACAAACAGUACAAACAGAUCAUGAAUAAACUUUUCCGGAGGAAGGGGUUGACGGGUCAACAAGGGGGGGAGAUGGGGAGUGACUACAGCUCCUCCUCGGAUGGAGAAGGGGACAGUUCUAUCCCUCUCCCUGUCCCUAACACUGUCCCUAACACUGGACCUAACACUGUCCCUAACACUGGACCUGCCUUGCCAGAGUACAGGGGGUACAAUUCCAUCCUGCGUCGGGCCAGUCGGGAACGAGGGGAUUCUGGUCAGAGGGCUCGGCUCAGCCCUCUGGUUCUACUGCUGGACGGGUCACUGGUGGGAGAACUGGACACUGUUCAGAGGGCCGUGCAGGAGAUGAAUGACCCGAGCCAGCCGAACGACGAGGGCAUCACAGCCCUCCAUAACGCCAUCUGUGGAGGUCACUACAGCGUGGUGGACUUCCUGGUUCGUAUAGGAGCCAACGUCUCCGCCCCAGACAGCCACGGAUGGACCCCCCUCCACUGUGCAGCAUCCUGUAACGACCUUCCUCUCUGUCAGUUCCUGGUGAGGAACGGAGCAGCCGUCAUGGCGGUGACGGAGAGCGACGACGCCACAGCAUCUCAGAAGUGCGACCCGUACGCUAUGGGCUUCGAGGAGUGCGAGAGCUUCCUCAGGGGUGUGGAGGAGGCGAUGGGUGUGGAGAACAGCGGGGUGCUGUAUGCCCUGUGGGAGUACCCUGCCCAGGAGGAAGACGAGCUGGGCUUCAGAGAGGGGGACAUGGUUACUAUCCUCCAGAAGCCUGACGGGGUAGAUUGGUGGUGGGCAUCACUUUGUGGCCGAGAGGGAUUCAUACCUAACAACUACUUUGGGCUGUUCCCUAAAGUUCGUCCUAAGUCCCUCUGCUAGACUCCUCUACCCAAUCAGCCCUCGCCCCACUGAAUGGCUGGAACGGGAACUGGAGCAGAAAACUGUUGUUGAAAACCUGGGAGGAGAAACCACAUUACGCAGUAUAACCUUUGUUCCUUUGUCCUUUGCUGAUUUCACUAAGACGUGAACUAGAAUAACAGGACAUGAGUCACUACAGUGAGACAUAGGGCAGGUACUGGGCAGGUACUAGACAGGAGUGUCAGUGAUGAUAUUGCUGCAUUAUACUUCGUCAAUGAUCUCCAUGUGUCACUAUCAUUUAUGUGUCUGAUUUUAUUGGUAUAUAAAAUCUCUCUCUCUCUGUCUCUCUCUCUGUCUCUCUCUCUCUCUCUCUCUCUCUCUCUCUGUCUCUCUCUCUCUGUCUCUCUGUCUCUCUCUCUCUGUCUCUCUCUCUCUGUCUCUCUCCCUCUGUCUCUCUCUCUCUGUCUCUCUCUCUCUCUCUGUCUCUCUCUCUGUCUCUCUCUCUCUCUCUGUCUCUCUCUGUCUCUCUCUGUCUCUCUGUCUCUCUCUCUCUCUUGAUUUCUUCAAAUGCUUCCUAAAGUAUAUGUCAUCACAAGGCUACUAAUGUUGUUAUUGUUCUGUAAAGUGUUUAAUUCCGUCAACAAUAUCUGACUAAAACUCGAGGACCUUUUUUUUUUUUUUUUUUUUUUUUUUUUUUUUUGUCAUUUGUAAAACUAUAACGAGAUGAGACACCCUGCUGGGUGAAAAACAAAACAUAAGUAUUACAAAUGACUUCUCAUUUUAGUUGACGAAAAUGUAACUAGACUUCCACGUAAGACUAAUGGACAUUUGAACAUUUCCGUUUCAUCGGUUUUUGUCCAAUCCUAUGCAUUGCAUUGCAGAAUAUUUCAUGCAAUCCUCUCAUUGGAAGAAAUGAACAUGUUUCAGUCACACGAUCUGAUUGAGCUGAUCUGAUUGGCUCUCCUACACAACUGCCAAGCCGGUUUCUUCAGUCACGCUUCAGUCUUUUGAAGUGAUGUGAAACAGAGCCACUUCACUUGUAACUAACCGCCACUAGAAACAGUCAUGUUUUACUCUCUCUUACAUUCGUGUCGACAAAGCCGCGAGAACCUCACGACCCAAAGCACGAUACAAGCGCCAUGAGCCACACCGUCACAAACCACUUGCUGUCUCAAUGAACUCAGUUACUAUAUCGUACAUUGUUUGGUUUUUUUCUUCACGGUGAUGGUAAUUCUUAACGGGUACAAACUGGUUCUGAUUUUGCAACAACAACAACUAAAGGUACUUGAAUAAUUAACAACAGUAUCUAGCAGGAUUCAAAUGUUGGAAUGGUGAGUUGUUCCCUUUCUCUGUGAUGUCAUCUCUAAUGGAAUCCAGAAAGAAGUGAACCUUGUCCUCAAAUAUUACAAAUAUUAAUAUUUAUAUAUUAUUUAUAUAUAUUUGUAUUAAUAAUCUUCUAAUAUUACAUCAAAAGGUGCAUUAGUUAUGGACAAAGACACACAACAUCCAAUUAACAUCCAAUUAAAUAUUUUUUCUUGAUCAAAUAAUAUGAAAAACAACCACUUUUUGUGCGUUUAUUAAAUUUAAUAUUAUUACAAACCACUUAAUCAAAAUAUACAUUAGUGGACAUAGGCGGGUUAUCUAGGUUUUGUACCUGUAGACUUUUCAUCACCCUGGAGAUAAAACGAUGCACAAUAAGUGAUUUGUGAUGGUGUGGCACAAUUGGUAAUGCUAGGGUUGUGGGUUCGAUUCCCACAGGGGAGUCCAGUAUUGCAAAGUAGGCACUCAAUACUGUAACUUGUUCAGGAUAAGAGCCUCUACUAAAAUGGAAAAAUGCUGAAUAUACCAUUUCAGUUUUCAUGUAGAAAUAAUUUGCAAACUGGUCCUUUACCAGUCCUGUAAUAGAGACUAUAUAUGUUUUCAGCGUCCCUCCUAGUAGGACAAGGCUUUCUGAAUGUGCACAUGAUGGAAGUUUAAAGGUGGCCUUUUUAUUAUAGUCAUUAUAUAAUAGUCACUAUUAUGGGACUGAGAUGGCAGAGAGUGGAAGCUAUGUGACGGAGAUGGCAGAGAGUGGAAGCUAUGUGACUGACAUGGCAGAGAGUGGAAGCUAUGUGGCAGAGAGUGGAAGCUAUGUGACUGACAUGGCAGAGAGUGGAAGCUAUGUGGCAGAGAGUGGAAGCUAUGUGGCAGAGAGUGGAAGCUAUGUGGCAGAGAGUGGAAGCUAUGUGGCAGAGAGUGGAAGCUAUGUGGCAGAGAUGGCAGAGAGUGGAAGCUAUGUGACGGAAGUUUGUUUGAGCUGUUUAAUAAAACAAGAAAACUACAAUACUAAAAUGACUUUGACUCAAACUAGGCUCGUCAAACUGAUAUGAACUGAAACUAAAAAGAACACAAUGACUAAAAUGGGACUAAUCAUAAAGACUAAAUCUACAAUAGGUGAUUUGUUGUAUUGUUCUGUGUCAGAGGAAAAGGAUUGUUCAGGAGAUUGACCAGGAUCUGUUGUGGGGUUUUAUGUGUGUGAUGAUUGUGGCUGUGCAUAUGCACGUGUGUGUGUGUAUGUGUGUUUGUACACAUAGAUAGAUUGGUUGUUGUUUGAAUGAGCACAAGACCUCCUAGCAGUGUUUUGAUGAACAAAUGUUUAACACUGAAAAUAACAGUAUGAAAUAAAGCAAUGAGAACAA